UCUACUUCUUCAGAAACUUCUAAAUUUCAUUACUACAAUUUAUUUAUGUAAAAUAACCAUAAACACCUUAAAUUUUCACUAGCCACUUAUUUUCAAGAUUGCAUUUUUAUCUUUGAAAACAAAAUGGAUUGUGGAUUCAAUAGUGAAUAUAAUUCAUUGAUCAAUGAAUUAACACAAGGAUUGGAAUAUGUUAAGCAACUAAGAGCUUCAAAUAAUAUUCAAGAAUUGGAUUUUCAUAUGCAAAUGAUUCUUUCUUCUUUUGAAAAAUCUUUGACAAUUCUCAAUUGGACUGGCUCAGUAACACAAACACCACUACUUAUAGCACCACCAGAGUCUUCAAUUUCUGUUGAUGAGAAUCCUAAAAUUGAUGAUCAAGAUUUUAGAUAUGUUUCAAAGAAGAGAAAACAGAUGCCUACAUGGAAUGAACAAGUCAGAGUGAGUGCAGAGAAUGGAUUUGAAGGACCUACUGAUGAUGGAUAUAGUUGGAGAAAGUAUGGACAAAAAGACAUUCUUGGUGCUAAAUAUCCAAGGAGUUACUACAGAUGCACAUAUCGACAUAUGCAGAACUGUUGGGCAACAAAGCAAGUACAAAGGUCUGAUGAUGAUCCUACACUAUUUGAGAUCACAUACAAAGGGUCACAUAUUUGUAACCAAACUUUUAACUGUGCUGCUACACAACCAAAAUCACCAGAGAAACAUAAACUCAAGAAACAAGCCAACAAUCCAAGAACAAUAUCAUCGAACCAAAUGCUUGCGAACUUACAAGCAAAUCUGAGAGUGAAUACCAAUGAUUUGGACAAGAAAGAAGCAACAUGUUCUUUCCCAUUUUCACCUACAUUCUCUAGCUUCGUAGACGAAAAUCUGCAUUUCCAGAUGUCACAAGUUGAUGACAAUUUGGUUGGGGGUUAUUCGCCAUCUUUUGUCUCUCCUACAACCCCAGAAUCAAAUUACUUCUCAUUACCAAGCUGCCAGAUGAAUGAUUCGCGAAGAAUUCACAACAUGCACCAUUCAGAAUCAGACCUCCCUGAUUUGUUCUCAGCCAACACUUCAUCAACAAGUUCUCCAAUUAUUGGCUUGGAGUUUCCACUUGAACAUGUAGAGCUUUAUCCAAAUUUCCCAUUUGAUAACUCAGAAUUUUUCAGAUAAAUAAUGUCAAAAAAGGACAGUAAAAUGAAUAGUUUGGAUUUUGAUCACUCAGUUCUAUUUUUGAAGUAUAGAAGGGUAGGAACAAGUUAAUAGUAUUUGUAUCAAUAGCCUAGUAUAUAUUUUUACUUCAAGCACAUUCUUGCAAAAGACCGCCUGAAUGUUCAUCAAUUUAAUCAAACGCAAAACAGCCAAGCUUGGUUUUUUG